AUGUCCCUAAUUCAGACUGAACAAGAAGUACUGGUUAAUACCAGAGGUGGUGGAGUUUAUAUCCCACCUUCUAGAUUAAAAUUACUGCAGCAAAAAGUUACAGAUAAAUCAAGCGCAGAGUACCAACGAAUUACCUGGGAUGCCCUCAAAAAAAGUAUCAAUGGACUUAUUAACAAAGUUAAUACAUCAAACAUCAAAAAUAUUGUUUUUGAAUUGAUAAAUGAAAAUUUGAUUCGCGGUAGAGGACUUUUUGCAAGAUCAAUAAUGAAGGCACAAGCUGCUUCACCACCAUUUACACCGGUUUAUGCGGCAUUAAUCGCUAUAAUCAACACUAAACUACCACAAGUUGGAGAAUUGGUACUUACUAGGUUGAUUGUUCAAUUCCGUAAAGCAUAUAGAAGAAAUGAUAAAACAACAUGUCAUGCCACAACAACAUUUAUCGCACAUUUAUGUAAUCAUCUUGUAGCUCAUGAAAUUGUUGCGCUACAAAUUCUUGUGCUUCUUCUCGAGAGUCCAACAAGUGAUUCAGUUGAAGUCGCCGUAGGGUUUAUUCGAGAAUGUGGAGCACAUUUGGCAGAAGUUUCACCAAAGGCGAAUAAUGAUGUUUUUGAUCGUUUUAGGGCAAUUUUACAUGAAGCAAAUGUUGAAAAGAGAGUUCAAUAUAUGAUUGAAGUCUUAUUUCAA